AGAGCGCUCAGGCUCACAAUUCAAACUGCAAGUUGGCCGGGCUCGCUGGGAUCCGCGCUGGCGCGGCCGCUGCCGCCGCAGUUGUGCUGCGUGCUCACCGCCAUGGAGCAUCGAAUCGUGGGCCCGGGGCCCUACCGGGCCACCAAGCUGUGGAACGAAACAGUUGAACAUUUUCGUCAUACCAUGCCUUUACGAAAACAUCGCUGUCGUUUCAAAAGUUAUGACCAUUGCUUCACAGCCACCGAAGCUGUAGAUUGGUUACAUGAACUGCUGAGGUGUAGUCAAAACUUUGGCCCUGAGGUGACCCGAAAACAAACAGUCCAGUUGCUAAAAAAAUUUCUGAAGAAUCAUGUUAUUGAAGACGUCAAGGGAAAAUGGGGCCAGGAAGAUUUUGAAGAUAGCCGUCACUUGUACAGAUUUCCUCCUUCCUCACCCCUGAAACCAUACCCAAAGAAGCUUCCAUAUCAAAAGGAUAUCAUUAAAUUUCCAAAAUGGAAUGACCCCCUGCCAGGCACUUCACAAGAGAACAUUCCAGUGAGGCCACUGGUAAUGAAUUCUGAGAUGUGGUACAAGCGUCACAGCAUUGCUAUUGGAGAGGUGCCCGCUUGCCGUCUUGUUCAUCGCAGACAGCUCACAGAGGCCAACGUAGAAGAAAUCUGGAAGUCUAUGACACUAUCAUAUUUACAGAAAACUCUUGGCCUGGAUUCCUUAGAAGAAGUAUUAGACGUUAAACAUGUCAACUCCAGAUUCAUCAUCCAUAAUGUAUAUAGUGUUAGCAAGCAGGGAGUUGUUAUCCUUGAUGACAAGUCAAAAGAACUUCCUCAUUGGGUAUUGUCAGCUAUGAAGUGUUUAGCAAACUGGCCUAAUUGUUCUGAUUUGAAACAGCCUAUGUAUUUAGGUUUUGAAAAAGAUGUCUUUAAGACUAUAGCAGAUUACUAUGGUCACUUGAAAGAGCCUUUGCUUACAUUUCAUCUUUAUGAUGCCUUCGUCAGUGUGUUAGGUUUGUUACAGAAAGAGACCGUGGCUAUUGAGGCGUUUCAGCUCUGCUGCCUUCUGCUGCCGCCUGAAAACAGACGCAAGUUGCAGCUGUUGAUGAGAAUGAUGACGAGGAUCUGCCUAAACACGGAGAUGCCACCACUGUGUGACGGAUUUGGCGCCCGCACGCUGAUGGUUCAGACAUUUUCCCGAUGCAUCUUGUGUUCCAAGGAUGAGGUGGACUUGGAUGAGUUAUUAGCUGCUAGAUUGGUGACAUUUCUGAUGGACAAUUACCAGGAGAUUCUGAAAGUCCCUUUGGCUUUGCAGACCUCUAUAGAGGAGCGUGUGGCUCAUUUACGAAGAGUUCAGAUAAAAUACCCAGGAGCUGAUAUGGAUAUCACUUUAUCUGCUCCAUCUUUCUGUUGUCAAAUUAGUCCAGAGGAAUUUGAAUACCAAAGGGCAUAUGGUUCUCAGGAACCUCUAGCAUCCCUGUUGGAGGAAGUCAUCACAGAUGCCAAACUCUCCACCAAAGAGAAGAAGAAAAAAUUGAAACAGUUUCAAAAAUCAUAUCCUGAAGUCUACCGAGAACGAUUUCCUACACCAGAAAGUGAAGCACUUCUGUUUCCUGAAAAAUCAAAGCCCAAACCACAGCUGCUAACGUGGGCACUGAAAAACCCUUUCCAGCCAUUUCAAAGAACUAGAAGUUUUCGGAUGUAAUGCCUCUGUAGCCCUUAGAGACUGCUCCGGUUGUUGCUUUGAGAAAAUGGGUGACUAGAGAGGGUCUGUGCUGACAGAAGAAAGAGCACAACUUAGACUACUGAAAUAUAGAGAUUAUCUGACUUCAAAAAAUGUUGAGCCAUCUCAGUAUUUUUGUGAAAAUGCUGCCUGCCAUUCUUAAGGUAGAAAAACCACUUAGAAAUAAUGAAACAAAUAUAUGGUAGUAAUGUUUACUUGUUUGCAAUUACAGAACAGAAGGGUAUUUUCAUUUAUUUGUUAUUUUUGUGCUGUAUAUAAAAUAAUUGUGUGUACAUUCCAGCUAUGAUGUCUUUGUUAUAUUCAAGUUUAAAAUAUACUGUACAUACUAGAACAAGAAAGACACUGGGUAUUGUUACUGUGAUGCUAUUGAGUUAAUAGCCUAUUGUGAUCUCUCCUGUGUGAACUGUCAUUGCUGCACAAAGACUCUUAAUGUCCUAUACUGUGGUAGCUGUGCCUUUAUUUCACUGAUGUGCUAAAUGCCAUGAUCCAUUUUGCUACAGCUGGUUCUUUUGUGAAUAUGUUCUAUUGGUUAUGUUAUAUAAUAUGUCCAUUACAAUGUAAUAUGUUCUACUAGUCAUCUACCUGUAAGAAGAGUUGAUUUUUCAUCUACCUGUAGUGGCUUAAUUUCAGUCUUGUAUGGAGAUAUUAAAAAAAUACAUUGAACUGAAUAAAUUCUUUAGGUAUCUUUAGACUUGUGAUUCUCAGCCAGACCCUUGUUUUUUGAAAAUUAUGAAUGGGUUAGGGAAAACAAGGCUAUAUCUUUUAUAAAUAUUUUCCACAGUUCCACAUUCUUUUGAAAGUAAGUGGAAUGUAAAUAAAUAGUAUUUCCUUUUAAAUAAA